AUGGGAGGCAAAAUUAGCGAUAUGUUUGAGCCUUACAAUCUAUUUUACUCGAUCAUCUCUAGCGCCUCAUUGCUGCGCUCACUGGAAAUGAAGAUCGGACCAUAUAGUCAGGCGAUUGUGACCCUAUUGAAUGUCUUAAUUCCCUCCUCCAGUGGUGGUCCUCGGGGUGGAUCAAGGUCAAAUCAAACGUGGAGCUGGCGACAUUGUCUCAAACGACUAGCUUUAUUAGAUGCUGGUAUCAGCAAUAGCUCUAGUUCAUACAUAUUCGAUUAUACUUUCCAAGCUUUGCUGGGUUCACCGUAUGCUCGCAGAACAUCAUCAAAAUCCCAAGAAAAUGGCCUUAUGGAGACAUUUCCAGGAGUCCAGGGUUGUGGGAGUAUCAGUAACAAUCUUGAGUACAUCAGCAAUGCCACCAAUGCUAUCACCAACACUAAGUCGACUGAUAUCCUUAGUAGUGCCGUCAAUUCUAUCAAUAAUAUCGAUAGUGAUCCUUAUCCUAAUUUUAGUUUGGAGGAACUAGAGGUUCGUUACUGCACAAACAGCAGACAAUAUCCUGAGCUAUCUUUCAACUGCCACAGCCCAGAGGACUUAAUUAUUCCACUGCGCUCAUUAGCCCUCAUAAAUUAUGAUGUCUGUGGCUUGGAUAGUGAACUAAUGGAUGAUGGCGGAACUUUCGAAGAGGGGUUGAUUCUGUCCAUUUUAAAGCGCUGUCCUUUGCUUGAAGAGCUCACCAUUUCAUUUGAUAUCAGUGAUAUCGAAUAUUUCUCCGGUAAACCCGACUUCCGACUCUUGUCUUCCUCCGCAUGUUUCCAUGAAGCCAUCGUGGAUUACCAUGGCACUAUGUCUAUGGAAGAUUGGACCCCGAAAACCGGUUCAUUCGUCAAGAAAAUGUACCGAUAUUGUCCUCGCCUAAGGUCCAUCCAUUUCGGGAUGAUGUAUGAUCUAAGUGCAAACCAUUGGGUGGAGAUGAUGGACCUUUAUGGAAGUCAACUUGAAUCUUUGAACGUCUGUGGUUCUUAUACUUUUGACACUUUGGCUCUCAUGACCUUGAUUGGCCCGCCUGUUAAUCACCCAAUUCGAGCAUUAUCAACUGAGAAUCUACAUCGCUUAACAUCGCUGAAUAUCAAUGGCGCAUCAACCUUGUGCGACAAGCAUUGCAUUUUCUUGCUCUUUCGACAUUUGAAGGCGCUCAAGGCUUUACACGCUCGAAGCGUCAAUAUUGAUGCCGUGACUUUGAUUGGAUAUGAUUGGGCUUUCAAGGAUAUAGAGACGCUGGAAAUUUAUGUGUCAGUUCCGAAGCAGUUCCAGUGUUACAUUUUCCCAGCUAUGACUUAUUCAUGGAAUGAGGUUGAGGCGAAUUGGGAUUUAGAAAAGGAUUGUGAUAACUGGAAUGAUCUGGAGUUCGAAGAAGGUGACGAUGGCGAUGACGAUGGUAUAUAUGAAGUGAGAUACAAGCCAAGAUUCCGGCCGAGAGGCGAUAGCCACCUCGCAGAACAUAUGAAAUGUCUUACUAGGGAACAGAGAGAAAGUGGCGAUAUUACAGAGAAAUCGCCAAUUAGGACAUUGCAGGACAUGUUAGAAGAAGAGGAGGAUGAAGAAGAAGAAGAAGGAGAAGGCAUAUCAAAGGGAAAGAAGGGUAAGGAUGGCUAUGUGAAGAGAGAGCUCGGACUCAAGCUCCAGCUCGGACUCAAAUUCAAGCUCAGACUCAGGCCCCAGCUCGGAUUCAAGUUCAAGCUCAAGUUCGGACACGGAUUCGGAUUCGGAUUCGGAUUCGAGCUUAGAAUCAAGCUCAGAAUCAAGCUCAACUACAAACUCAGCUUUUAA